AUGUCUAAGCAACUACCAUAUGAGUUACUAGUUUUAAUAAAGGAUGAUCUUUCGAAAGGAAUUAGCCAAAGAAUUAUUGCUAUUAAAAGAAACGUGAGUAAAACAGCCGUUUCAAAUGUUAAGUUUAAAAUAGAUAAUAACCUACCAAUUACUCGCAAGUAUGGAUCAGUAAGGCCUCAAAAGCUUAAUGAUGAUUUAAAAUCUGAAUUAUUCAAAGUCUAUGAUCAAAAUCAUCGAUUGAGUUUACUAGAUAUUACAAAAAUAUUUUGUAAUAAGUUCAAUAUUGAAAUUUCUAGAUUUACUAUAGCAAGAAUUCUUAAAGAUUUUGGUUUAAUAACUAAAAAACCUGCUAAAAAACCACUAUUGAGACCACAAAACAUAGUAAAAAGAUUUAAUUCAUCAAAAAAAUUUUUAGGUAUUUCAAAUGAAACUUUGGAUACUAUUAUUUUUUCAGAUGAGUGUAAAUUUAACUUAUUUACUAGUGAUGGAAUUCAAUAUGUGCGUUAUUUACCAGGUGAAAGGUAUAAACCAGAAAAUACUGUUGCUACAGUAAAACAUGGAGGUGGAUGUCUUAUGUUUUGGGGCUGUAUCUCAUCACAAGGUGUUGGAAGACUUGUUGAGGUAGAAUCAACUAUGACAGCAGCAUCUUAUAAACAGAUUUUAUCACAAAAUCUAUUGGCAUCAGCACGUAAAAUGGGACUUGAUGAAUUUAUAUUCAUGCAAGAUAACGACCCAAAGCAUACUGCAAGGCUUGUUAAUGAUUGGUUCGAUGAAAAUGACAUUGAUGUUUUAGAAUGGCCUCCACAGAGUCCUGAUCUAAAUCCUAUUGAGGCUGUGUUGGCUUAUAUAAAGUUUAAAUUAGCAAAAAUAGGAAAAUUAAGUAAAAUUGAAUUAAGAGAAAAAAUUCAAGAUAUUUGGUAUUCUCUACCUCAAACACUAAUAGCAAAGUAUGUUAAAAGUUUUAAUAAACGUAUUUAA